UUGAACACCGCCGCAUCUUGGCUUUCUCAGCUUGCAGCGUCGCCAUAACAAGUCAGCAUGUGGAAGUAUCUCGGAUUCCUUGCCAUUUUGGCCGGAGCGAGUUCUCUGGGUCAGCAGACUGGCUUCGAUACCUCGACGUGUGGAGGGGGUACAGGUUGUUCGAGGUCAUCAGCUACCGAGCACUCGGAUUCGCAUCUGAAUCGUAGGAGGAGGCAACAGCAAAUCGUGCAGGAGGUUGUCGUGGAGAACAACUUUGGGGGUCCUGGUUUCGGAGGACCUGGCUUUGGAGGUCCAGGGUUCGGAGGUCCUAGCUUCGGAGGUCCAGGGCUCGUAGGUCCAGGGAUCGGAGGUCCAGGGAUCGGAGGUCCAGGGUUCGGAGGGCCGGGGAUCGGAGGUCCAGGGUUCGGAGGUCCUGGCUUCGGACGUCCCGGCUUCGGAGGACCUGGGCUUGGAGGUCCUGGCUUUGGACGUGGCAAAUUUGGCUUUGCCCGCAGCUACGACGAGGCGGAUGAGGAGGUACCGGCCCAGGGAACAUACCAACAGCAAGACACACUCAGUGAAAUUCCGUCUCCAGCUUGCCCGAAAAACUAUGUGUUUUCCUGUGAUGCGGUUGUCAAGCCGGUUCCAUGUGGGUACAGCUCAUAUUGAUAAACUCGCUGAUAAAUCGUUAAUAAACAAUUUUUAACAAUA